AUGGCCUCCAGGGAUUUGGCAAUGGCAGUGGUCUACUUCUCGCAGACUCUCAUGGGUACACUGGGAAAUUUCUCUCUUGUUUGCCACUAUACUUGCCUUCAUUUUGCUCAGUGCCGAUUAACAUUCACAGAUCAAAUUCUCCAGCACCUGUUUGUAGCCAACUCCUUGGUCCUUCUGUUUAGAGGAGUUCCUGAAACAAUGGCAGCAUUUGGCUUGAAAGAUUUCCUCAAUGACCUCGGAUGCAAACUUGUUUUCUAUGUUCACAGAGUAGGCAGAGGUGUGUCCAUUGGCAGCACCUGCCUCUUGAGUGUCUUCCAGGUGAUCACGAUCAGCCCUGGGAACUCCAGGUGGGCAGAGCUUAAACUAACAGUCCACAAGUACAUAAAUAUUUUCAUUAUCUUCUUUUGGAUCCUCCACUUGCUGUUAAACACCAUUGUUCUUCCGAAUGUUACUGACAAAUUGCACCAUAAAAAUAUCACAUACAAUAAAGAGUUUGGAUACUGUUCUCGUGUUUCCCAACAAAACUCUAGGAAAGUCCUUCAUGCAGCACUGCUGUCAUUGCCUGAUGCUUUGUGUGUGGGGCUCAUGCUCUGGACCAGCAGCUCCUUGAUUUCCAUCCUGUACAGACACAAGCUGAGAAUGCGGCAUAUUCAUAAGACCAACAUCCCCAGUAGAGUCUCCCCUGAAACUAGAGCCACCAAAACCAUCAUUCUCCUGGUCAGCACCUUUGUCUAUUUUUACACCCUCUCCUCCAUUUUCCAAGCUUUUUUCACUUUGUAUAACAAUCCUAACAGGUUCCUCGUGAAUGUUGCUGCAGUAAUCACCGGGGGUUACCCAACUGUCAGCCCUUUUCUGUUCAUGAACCAUUACUCAAGCAUAUCCUCUCUCGCUCCUGACUGUGUGAGGAAUAAAAAACUUGUAAUGUUAUGA